GCACCGACUGUUUGACUGUAUGUUCUGUACUAUUACUAGGGGGUGUUGUCAUUGUUCUGCAAUCGGUAGUAUCUGUCUUUUCUGCUCAGUUGCUGACGUGGAAGAUAUAUGGCUAUGCAACGCACAGGAAGUAUACCUACUGAAUACCCACGCUUUUCGACGUUUUGACACCCUGGCUGUGCAUUGCAUUACAGUAUAGAAACCCAUUAUCCGCUGAGGACUCAUUACACUUGCUAACUUUUCAUAGCAGAGAUGGCUCCUAGUCCUACCGGCAAGUCAGGUUCAAAUUCAAAUUCAACUGAGGGCUCAGCACGUUUAGAAUUGUCGAAUUUCGACGAGGUCGCCGCCGACGCUUUAUCGUUAACCCUAACGCAGACGACGACAUCCCGAACCACCAUUCGCGGGAUCGGGGCCGACACGGGUCGGUUCAUUAUGAGCAUUGGAGACAUGCUCCUCCGAGGUAUUGAAAACGUCUCGAUCCAGAUCAGGCUUCAGUCCCUUGCUACUGCACUGAACUUUGAAGAAAGGGUGAAUGUUCCUGCGUACAUAUCUUCCCGAAUUUGUACAGAUCUACUGGAACUGCAGCGUGUAGGUCUUUAUUCAAUUGACGUCCGACGCCAGGCAUGGCGCAUGAUCUUGUUUGUCCUAGAACGAGAGCAUGGUGCAACGCAGGUGGCGAAUGCCAUCGUUGACUGGCCGCCCGUCGAGAUUCAGCUUCUCAUCCGGCAAUUGGCAAUGUGUAAACUCUCCGAUUGGACACUUUACCCAGGCGCAGAUCAAGAAAAUGGUCAACGCGUCAAAACACCACCAGAUGCUCGGCCGUCAAUAUCAGGCCGACAGAGGCGCCUAACGCAAAACUUUCAUUUGAUUCUCUCCGAGCUCAUUGUCAAAGACCCGGCCAUCUUUCACGACGUGUACGACAUUCACGACUUCGCUGAUCUACAAACCGACUAUGUAUUACGCGGUAAAAUCAGCGGAGACAUGCCCCCAGUGACCCGCUUCCUGACCUCCUUCGCACUCACCUAUAAACCACACUCUUCAUGGGACCCACGAGGGUUUGACCUUCAACCGAUGGCAGUGUCCAUGGUCCGGUUCAUUGCUUCUGGACGCCCGGAAUACGCUUCUCAAUUUGUGGACGCCUUGAUGGACGUUCUACUAGUCUUUGCUCAUGCAGAAGUCACCUCUAGCGACAUCCAGUCUAUAUAUGACAGAUAUCCUGGCUUACGUUCUCGGGGUCUUGCCCACCUAUCUCAGCCGUUCCUAAUAUUUGCUAUGCAUAUGGCCUGCUCAAGCAAAAGAGCAUCACAACUCUUCCUUCAGGCGGGCCUCCUUCGAGUGGUCGCUUAUCUCUCCUGGAAAAGAGCCCCACAUUCGCAACUGGGUACUGCCAGUGACGCAGAUUCAUCCAUCUUAGACAAUUUCCGCUCCGCCUGUCUGCACGUUGUUGCUAUUUUGGCUUUCCACUGUUCAACUGAUGCUUGCGCUGAUGACAUGUUCAAGGCGGGGCUUGAGCAGUGGAUUAUUGAUGAAGGCACUGUCGAUGACCGACGCCUUCGAACUUCAUCCUCCCUCAGAUAUGGUGAAAGGAUAGACUUUCAGAACCAAAUUCACGCUCUAGUGUUGUCCACGCUGGAAACGAUUGCUUCUCGGCCACAGGGUUAUUAUGCGCCAGCUUCGCAUUUCUAUUGCCUCAGCGGUAUUCUCUUGUCUCGGUAUAUUUAUGCAUCGGAUGAUCUACCAGAGCGGGAGUAUACAGUGGCACGUAUAGUGCUCUACUGUGCUGCGUCAUUGGAAGGCGAUUGGUUCGGAUUAAUCGACUUCCUCUGCCAUGGUGAACAAAGGCAAUGCUACGCGAUCCUUCAUGCUGUUUACUCAUAUCUUCAUGACACUCUACGAUUACCUCUAACUUCCCAUAAUGCCGAAACACUCCGGUCAAUGUCUAGACGAACCGCUGCUCGCGAUGUUAUUGUCACGAACCCGGUCGAUCGGUUUCUCAUCCUCAUCGCUCGUGCUGGUGGCUAUGAACUCCCUAUACUUCAGUACUUCAACGACGCAGGAUUUCUAUCUCUCCUCAAGGACCUGCUUCGCGGAUGGUACGACUUUCUGGAAGAGACUCCCAUCCUAAAUCCCAUCCUAAGGGAGAAACGGGAGAAUAUUUGUCGCAUUCUGGAAGAUAACUGCAAACUGCUGCGCGGAAUAGUGCAUAGUCAGGGUAUCCUGACGGAAGUUCCGUUCUAAUCCAACACAGACGUCUUUUGUACAUUAUAAUUCAUAUAAAGCAUUCAAGCAACAUGUCUCUCUCGUCCCAAUCCCUUUUCGGGCACUUCGGGCACUUCGGUACAAUGGAAGCUCCAGAUGUUGUCAAGUACUUUCGGAAACCUCCUGAACGCCUCAUGGUCUCGUCUUCCAACCUCUGCAUCUGCAUCACCAGCCAAAUAGGCCAGAUGGAAUUGAUAUAGGUAACCCAGGCGAGGGGAGGGAAUGGAAUCACAGAACACUCGACCGGUCAGCACUUUGGUGACUACCACUGACUGGGACAGUAUUUCAAGUACUGAACGUAACUGAGACUGUUAGCAUUGGAAAGGGUAUCAGCUUUCGGUUCUGCGCACACUC